AUGGCUGCACAGGCUAGUUCUGGAUGUGACCAGUGCGGAGUGUCACACGAGCUUGGUGCAUGCUUCCAGGGAGUUGUGUAUGAGGGCCAAGAGGAGGAGGUAGAUUUUGUGAGUAAUCAGGAGUGGCAAGCCAGGCGUGGCCCAGCAAGUACAACACAAGUCCAGGAGCCAGUCAAAGAGUACACUCCUCGAGUUCCAUACCCUGGCCGGCUGAAGAAACAGAAAAACGAAGAACAAUACGGUAAGUUCCUUGAAAUGUUUAAGAAACUGCAUAUAAACAUACCGUUUGUUGAAGACCUGGCCCAGAUGCCAAAGUAUGCGAAAUUCUUGAAGGACAUCCUCUUGAAUAAACAGAAGCUUGAAGAUAUGUCCUGUGUGGUGAUGAACGAAAGCUACUCUGCAAUCCUUCAAAAUCGUCUGCCCACGAAAAUGGGAGAUCCUGGCAGUUUCACGCUUCCUUGUUUAAUAGGAAAUAUGUCUGUUAGCCAUACAUUGGCUGAUUUGGGAGCGAGUAUCAACCCUAUGCCCUAUAAGGUUUUUACAAAGUUGGAUCUAGGUGAGCCGUCGCCUACACGAAUGAGCAUUCAACUAGCUGAUCGUUCCAUCAAGUAUCCACGUGGAUUUGUUGAGAAUAUGCUUGUUAAGAUCGACAAGUUUGUGUUUCCAGUGGACUUUGUUAUCCUGGAUAUGGAUGAGGACUCUAGGGUGCCUUUGAUUCUCAGACGUGCAUUCUUGAAUACCGCCCGGGCCAUUGUAGACGUAGCUGCCGGCCAGAUUACACUCCGAGUGAAUGAUGAGCAUGUGACCUUUGACAUCAAGCGGUCGAUGCAGCACCCACAGAUUCAGGAUGAUGCGCUCAACUAUGUUGACAUUGUCGACACGUAUGUGAGCACACAUUUCCAGGGCACGAUUGAGGAGAUUGAUUCGGACAUACAUCUGUUGUGCGGGGACCUAGAUGGCAUUACGCAGGAGGGCCACGAUUUCAAGCAGCCAGUCUAUCAGGUUGGUGAUGAUGGUACCCAGAGUCCGGAUCGAUUUUCAGAGAUUGAUCGUGAGGAUGAAGAAAAGUCGAAGCCGUCGGUUGAAGAUCCCCCGUCUUUGGAGCUUAAGGAGCUUCCGCCCCAUUGGGAAUAUGCAUUUCUAGACGAGGAGCGCCGUUUGCCGGUUAUUAUCUCAUCAUCGUUGACGGACGAGGAAAAGAGCAAACUGCUUAGUGUUUUGCGAAGAAAGCACUAG